AUGGAUACUGUGAGUGAAAAGUCACAAAUAGAAAACGUACUAGAUAAAAUACUUCCAGGCAAGGACCUUAAUUUGGUUACCUUAAAAAGUGUAAGGAAAGAUGUAGCAGAUUUUUUGAAUGUUGAAGAAUCUUAUUUUUCUGAGAAUAAAGAAAAGAAAGAAUUAUUAAAAACUAUUUUAAAAGAGAAAAUUUUGAUAUUAUAUAAUGAACAACAAAAUGAGGAAAAAAAAAAAAAAAAAAAAAAUUCUCAGAGUGAUAUUUCAGAAAAGAAAGAAAAAUCUAAAGGUGAUUUACAAAAAAGUGAAUCGAAAAAUAAUAAUUUAAAAAAAAAGAGAAAAAUUAUUGAAAGUGAAGAAGAAACAAAUAUUAAUUCAGAUGAUGAAGAAGAAGAACAAGAAUUUCCAAAAAAAAAACAAAAAAAAGAAAAAAAUAGUAAUGUUACUACAUUAUCCAUAUUAGAAAAAAAAAAAAAAAAAAAAGGAGAUAAUGAUUCAUCUAAUAAUAAUGAUUAUAACGACGAAUAUGACGACGAUGAUGAUGAAGAAGAAGAAGAAAGUUUUUCAAAAAAAAAAAGCAAAAAGAAAAAUUCAACAACUUCUCCUAAAGUAAAAAAUGCGCAUACAAUAAAAAAAGAAAAAUUAAGAAAAAUUGUAUUAGACCUAAAAAUAGGACCAACCAUUUUUAAAGAUUUGAACAAAGAAGAUGACGAAAAUUAUAAUAAGAAAUUAGAAGAACGGAUCAUACAAUUCUGUGAAAAAAAAGGAAUAUGUUCAGAAAAAAAUAAAUUACCAACACCUACAGAAGUAUAUGAAUAUAAAAAAAGUAUUAAAUUAAAAGAGGAACUUGAUGGUAUUGAUCCUUCUAAUAUUAUAGAUACAACAACAAGACCAAGAAGGAGAAAUCCUAACCCUUACAUAAGCCAAUCAUUUGUAGCUUCGGAUGAAGAGGAGGAAGAGGAAGAAGAUAAUGAAGAUGACGAUGAUGAUGAAGUGGUACAUGAAGAAGGAGAAGGAGAUGAAGAGGAAGAUGAUAAAAAGAAGAAAAAAAAAUUAAGUAAGGAAAAGAAAAUUGAAAAAAAUGAAAAGGAUGAAGAAAAGGACGAUGAUGAAGAUGAAGAUGAAGAUGAUGAGGAUGAGGAUGAAGAUGAUGAUGAUGAAGAGGAUGAUGAUGUAGAUGAUGAAGAGGAUGAUGAUGAAGAAGAUGAUGACGAUGAUGGUGAAGAAGAUGAUGACGAUGAUGGUGAAGAAGAAGAUGAUGAUGAUGAUGAUGAUGAUUAA